UUCGCGAUCAUGGCGGCAGCAGAUGGUUUAGACAUGAGCAGCAACGGAGAUGUGGACUCCGAGCUAGAAACCCUGGCACCAUCUGAGGCCAUGUCUACGGAAACCCCGCAAGUUCCAGAAUAUUCCGAUAUUCUGGAACCAACGGCAGACAUUUCCGAGGCCAUGGCCCAUGUCCCGGAACCCCCGGUCAGCAUUCCGGAACCCGUGGCUGAAACUCAGGAACCGGAGACUGAGGCUCCAAAGCUGGCAGCCAAGGUGGCGGAUGAGAAGGGGGGCAGGAGGGCCCCAGCGCCACCAUACACGGUGGCCCUGGAGGAGGGGGACGAGGAUGAGGACGGGGAGCUGCCUGUCGAUUUCGAGAGGCUGUGGAGGGUGGCCCACGACAAUCCCCAGGAGUUCUCCAGCUGGACCGACCUGCUACAGUACUGUGAGCAAGAGGGUCACAUGACAGCCUCCCGGAGGGCUCUCGGGGCAUUCCUCACCCGAUACCCGCUCUGUUACGGCUACUGGAAGAAGUAUGCAGAUCUGGAGAGGCGCGCUGGGAACACUAAUAGAGCUCAGGAGGUGUGUGUGCGUGGCCUGAAGGCGAUACCUCUGAGCCUGGACUUAUGGAUCCACUAUAUCACCCUGCUGCAGGACACGCUUAAUAUGAACCUCCCGGAGUCCACCCAGCGCAUUCGCAGCGCGUUCGAGUCGGCCGUGGAGGCGGCGGGGAUGGACUUUCACUCAGAUCGACUGUGGGAGAUGUACACGGAGUGGGAGAAGGAACAGGGUGAUCUGCGGGCCGUGACCACCGUCUACGACAGGGUGCUGCGCAUGCCCACCCAGCUGUAUGGAGGACACUUUGAGAGAUUUAAGGCCUACCUGCUGGCUCACCACCCACGGGAUGUCCUAUCCCCAGAGGAAUAUGGGCGCCUGUGCUUAGAAUCACGGAAGAGCCAGGGGGAGGGGACUACACCUGAAGAGGCAGAUGAGGAGAGACCCCCGGGAGAGGAAGCCCCCAGUGACAGUGCAGCGGGGCACCAGGACAUGGAACAGAUACAGAAGAUGCAGGAACUGCUAUUGGCCAGUAGGCAGAAGGUGUAUCAGCAGACGGAGAUGGAGGUGGGGAAGCGCUGGGCCUUUGAGGAAGCGAUAAAGAGGCCGUACUUCCACGUGAAGCCCCUGGACCGUGCCCAGCUGAAGGCGUGGCAGACAUACCUGGACUGGGAGAUGGGGGAGGCGGGGCAGGAGGUGCAGGGUGGAGCUGCGGAGGGGGCGGCAGUGGGCGGGACUUACGCUGGCCACAAGAGGGUGCUGAUGCUGUUCGAGCGGUGCCUGAUUGCCUGCGCGCUGUAUGAGGAGUUUUGGACCAAGUAUGUGCGCUAUCUGGAGCAGCACAGUGUGGAGGAGGCGCGGGAUGUGUACCGUCGGGCCUGUGAGAUCCACCUGUCCCACAAGCACAGCAUGCACCUGCAGUGGGCCACCUUCGAGGAGAGACACGGUAACAUCCCAGAGGCACGACGUGUGCUGGAGAACCUGGAGCAGGCUAUGCCGGGAUUGGCUAUGGUCCGCCUGAGGAGGGCAGGGCUGGAGCGGCGCACCGGCCGAUUGGACCAGGCAGAGGUCCUCCUCCGUGAGGCAGUACUGCAGAGCAAGGACACACCCUCACUCCACGCCUUCUACUCCAUCAAACUGGCCCGCCUGCUGCUAAAGCUGUGCAAGAACCCGGCCAAGGCCAAGAGUGCCCUGCUGGAGGCCAUCGAACUCAGCCCUGACAACAGUAAGCUGCAUCUGAACCUCCUGGAGCUGGAGGUUGCCGCAGAUGUGCGGGGGAACGGGACAGGGGUGCAGCAGUGUGUGAGCCGUGCCCUGGCCGCACCCCUCUCCCCCCAGACCAAGCUGCUCUUCUCCCAGCGGGGACUGCAGUUCGCUGAGGACUUUGGGGCCACAGUGCAGAGUGUGUUGACGGUGUAUGAUGAACAUCAGAAGCUGCUGAAGGAGAUGGGCAAUAAGAAGAGGAGCGCUGAGAAUGGGGACAAUGACGACCCAGAGAAAGUCACCAAGCUGGAGGACAGCUCCACCGUGCCGACACCCUCCAUGGCCACACCCCCAAUGGCACCGCCUGUGCCCAUGACAACACCGCCUCCCCCAAUGAUGGGAGGAGACAUGAGCAGCUCCUAUGGAUACGGUGGCUGGUACCAGCAGCAGUACAGCAACUACAGCUACCAGAAUCCCUGGAACUACAACCAGUACUACCCUCCCAGCUAGGGGUGCCACCAGUGACCCCAGGACAGACACCCAACCGUGCAGUGUUUUGGGGGCGCUACUCAGCAGCACGUUUGGCCUGGUCUGUCGAGACUGACUCAGAGCACGCCAUGACACACAAAACUUGAUUAUAUAAUGACGUCACAAGUGGUUGGUACUGUAGCUUGGAUGGGGGUAGGUAUUUUUGUAUGGAUAAAUUGCCCAAAAUCUGUUUGGAGAACAUAGACUUAAGGCAGUCAGUGUGUAGUAGUAAGUUCAGAAUGCUUUUAUGGGAACUUGUCUUGUUGGGGGGAAUCAGAGGCUGGGGGGUACUUUUCCUGAAAGUCUUCAGGUGUUUCCUCCUGAUAAGCAGCUCAUAUCAGUGACAGGCUAUGUUGUGGUUUGUCGUCUUUGUUGGUUUUACCCAACCAAAGUCAUUCAUUUAAAGCCCAUUUUUAUGUGAUUUCAUUUGCUCUGGAGUCAAACUUAGUUUUACCUUCUUUGAUGAAUCUGUAAAGCAUACUUUGUUGUCAGUUGUAGUCAAAAGCAUUUGCACCCCUAAGGUUAUCUGCCAUUUUCUGUUUGGUGAUUAUUCUCAUUCAGCUCUUCUCUCUGCGUCUCUCGAGCACCUUGAAAACAACGGAGGGAAUGAGCGAGUUGUUUUACUCACCAGAGUGCCUCUGAUUGGCCCAUAAAUGGUGUCAUGGAAUGUCAUUGGCUUAGAGGUGCACUUAUUGAGCCUCUGAUGUGAAAUGCAUUUUGCUGAAAGGGCCCAAGCACCCACAUGAUUAAUAUGAGUUGUGUGCUCAGUGAUGUCCCAUGUUAACUUUUUGUCAGGAUCAAUAGCUGUUAAAUCAGCAUCUCCACACAGCUGCUGCUUUAAUGAGAACAGCAUGAAGACAUUUUGUAAUGUGACUUUUUAUCAGUAUGUCUUUUACCGUAAACACACUUGUACUUUUUUCAGCACUGUAGAAGUUACACAUUCCAGAACUAGAUUAGGUUUCUUCUCUUGUAUAUGAACAUUUUUACGCUUUGAAAAUGUGUAUUCUUAAAAAAAAAAGACAAAUUCUCAUCAUAUUGGUGCCCUCACACAGUCCCCUUGUGUUGUAAUGUCUCAGCAUUGCAUUCCUCUGGCUGUGCAGGUCUGUGCAUUUCUGCCUUUUGCCAGAACAGUAGGGAGGGUUCACAGUGCUUAUACAAGGCUAUGAGAGAAUGUCAAAGAACCUUUUCUUCUUAACCUUUGAGGGAUGGAACAAACCCAAUGUGAUUUACCCCCGCAGCUAUGACCAGCUGUGCAUUUCUAAUUCUAAUGCUAGUGUUGAAUCCGAAUUAAGCAGCACACUCUUGAGUAUUUGGUCUAACCUUACAACACUUGCAAUAUGUAUUCCAUGCAGAAACUUCUGCCUUGUACAAGCGAGCACGUUUGUCCGAGACAAUACCAUUCCAGUUUCUCUGAGUUGUUUGAGGGCAUGUACAGUUCACUCAUUGAGAUUUGCACAGCCAAAGUUGACAUGUACAGCAUGCAAGUGUCAGUGUUUCUUUUAAUCCAAGGAUAAUGGAUGUUUUAACGUGCAGUAUUGCUCGCUUUUUUUUUUUUUUACAUAAAAUAAAGCCAUUAGUGUACUGUUGUCAGUUUCUCCCUUUCCCUCAUAUGUGGUAAUAUGUAAAAAGUUAUGUUAAAGUAGAAGUGUAGUGUUGUCCUUCUGGAGUUUGUAACCACAGGGUUGAGGGUUGUAAUCCCAUGUGGGGCUUUGCUGUUGCACGCAGCAGGGGCUUAAUGUCAACUGUUUCUGUGUAAUGCCAGUUGUGUACAUGAUUGAAGAGAAUACAGGCUGUGGCAGUUACUAAGGAAAUACGUAACCAGGAAUGUAACCAGUGUAAACGCAGCUGAGGACAGCAGAACAGAUCUUUGAGGGCUGAAACCUUUGUCCUUGUUUCGUCACAUUCUGUAGAGUUCAGAAGUGCUCAGAAAUUGGAUUUUUUCAGAGUACGAAAUCUGUGUUGGUGAGUCCAAUCAUAAGGUUAAGUUCCUGGUUUGAGAGAUUGCUUGAAUUAAAUAAAAAGAUGGAUUCUGUGCACAUCACCAAACAGGUUUCACAUAUGUUAAUUUGAUGGUUUCAGAAACACAGCACAAACCAAACAUAUGAAAUUAAUAAAUUGUAUU